AUGUCUGAAGCACCACGACGCUCAACCAGGCUGAACAAGAACCAGGAAGACGAUUCCAAAGGAAAGGCAAAGUCUGUCGACCAGGAUGUCGAGAUGGAGGAGACGACCGACGCAAGCUCGACUGAAGCACCAAAGGACAAAGUUCUCGGCGCCAAGGAGCUCGAGACAUUGGUCAUCGCAGAUAUCAAGCAGCACUUUGUGCUUUUUACAAAGUCGGCCAAGACUCAUGAGGCUCGUUUUGCUAUUCGUGCUCUGAGGGCCGUCAGUUCGCUUCGCAAGCGUCUCACUGCCCAGGUUCUCGCGAAGACGAUCGCUAGCUCAUACGGCAAAGAUGACGAGGCUCGCAAGCGUCUUCUUGGAUAUCUUGGAUCAGAGGCAUCGGCCAGCAUCGUUCCCGAGGAUGAGGCCUCAGUGAUCAAGUACGAUACACCAGAGGUUGACGUGUACUUGCAUUUGCUCGUCAUGAUCUUUUUGCUGGAUCAAGGCCAACUGGAGAAGGGCAUUGAAUUAUCCAAUAUCACCGUCAGUAUGGUUCAGGAAUUGAACAGGAGAUCUCUGGAUCAGCUUGCGGCGAAGGUGUACUUUUACUAUGCACGAUUCUAUGAGCUGACUGGACGAUUGGCCGAGAUCCGCCCAACACUCUUGAAUGCUCAGCGGACGGCGACUCUCCGCAGGGAUGACGACACUCAGUCCACGUUGAUCAACUUGCUUCUCCGCAAUUAUUUCCAUUACAACCUCUACGAUCAGGCCGACAAGUUGGUGUCAAAGACCACCUUCCCCGAGAAUGCGACCAACAAUCAGCUUGCUAGAUAUAUGUACUAUCUCGGAAGGAUCAAGGCUAUUCAGCUGGAGUACACAGAAAGUCACCAGUGUCUUCUGCAGGCAGUGCGUAAAGCCCCCCAGAACAAUGUCACUGCAGGAUUUCAGCAGGAGGCCAACAAGUUGCUGAUCAUCGUGCAGUUGUUGAUGGGAGAAAUUCCGGAGCGCUCAUUGUUCAGACAGCCAGUGUUGCGCAAGGCAUUGAUUCCUUACUUCCAGAUUACUCAGGCUGUUCGUAUUGGAGACCUGAACAAGUUCCAGGAGACACUCGCAGCUCAUUCAGCGACCUUCAAGGCAGAUAAGAACUAUACUUUGAUCCUGCGUCUGCGACACAAUGUCAUCAAGACCGGUAUCCGUAUGAUUUCGCUGUCGUAUUCCCGUAUCUCCUUGCGCGAUGUCUGCCUCAAGUUGCAUUUGGACAGUGAGGAAGAUGCAGAGUACAUUGUGGCCAAGUCUAUCCGCGACGGCGUCAUUGAUGCGACGAUCGAUCAUGAGAAGGGAUUCAUGAGAUCCAAGGAGAACGUAGACAUCUACUCGACCAACGAGCCCCAGCACGCUUUCCAUCAGCGUAUUGGAUUCUGUCUCAAGCUGCAUAACGACUCUGUCAAGGCCAUGCGGUUCCCUUUGAAGACCGUGAAUCAGGAUGCAGCAGAAGUUGAGGCCGCAAGGGAUCAGGAAAGAACUUUGGUUCAGGAGAUCGUUGAGGCGGAUGAGGACAUGGACGAGGACCACGAUGACCUCUAA